AUGGCACGGUUGGCUGCAACAAUCUGUUUGAUUCUUGUAGACAUCUUACGCCAUGCAUUCUCUUACGUCCAAGCCAAUAGUACGAACGCCAGUGUUCUUUGGAAACCAAAUCAAAAUGGCUACAGUAUAUUCCAGAAACUGCUUAAAGCACUCAGUAUUGCUGAUAAAAAUUUGAUGGAGAUAACAACAAAAAACUGCCACGUAAACAUUUUAGUACUGUUCAUCUGGGUAUUAUUCUUCAUGCUGGCAGUUUGGGCCAGGUUGAAAGAUGAAGACUUGAGAAUUCGAAAAAUGCCGAUAGAUCUUGCUGACAACGCUUUUGAGAACCACUACAUAUACCUUCUCAUCAUUAAAACUGGUAGCAGGUACCUGGAUUAG